UGAGGAAAGGGCACCCGCUGCGUCUCCGUGCCGGGACCCCCGCAGAGCCGCCCUCGCCGCCACCUCGCUCCGAAAGCUGCUGGGCUUUGCUUAGGCAUUAUCUGCAAGCGCCGCGCCCGGGCAUUGCCAGCUCCGGGGAGGCGCCGCCCGCAAGGACACCUCUCCGUCCCGCCUCGUCCGCAACUCCGGCCCUCGUCGACUCGACGCGAGCCAGGGGUCUGGACGUCCCUCUGCGCGCGGCGCAGUAGCUGGAGCAGUCCCUGCUGCCCCAGCUCAGAGCCAACUCCACCUCGGACCUGGGACUCUUGACGCGGAUUCUCAGCUACUUCUCACCUCGGGGCUACGCCUGUCUCUCCGCUCACCCUCCGUUGCCCUCCUCCACCGCUCAGGACGGGGGUGCCAAGAUGCCCCGCUUCUGCGCAGGGCCCCGGGCCGCCCCCGACGUGUGACCCCAGCCUGGUCCCCCUGCUCGGCCGUCCGCCCUCCCCUUGGAGACCCCCGGCCCGGUCCCCGGGGGAGGAGGAAGACGACGAGGCCGAGGGGGGGAUGUCCGGCUCCAAAAGCGUGAGCCCUCCGGGCUACGCGGCGCAGACAGCUGCGGCGCCGGCACCCCGGGGAGGCCCAGAGCACCGCUCGGCAUGGGGGGAGGCCGAUUCCCGCGCCAAUGGUUACCCCCAUGCCCCUGGGGGUUCCACCCGCAGCUCCACCAAGAAACCCGGUGGGUCGGUGACCCCGCAGCAGCAGCGCCUGGCCGGCCGCUGGCGCAGCGACGACGACGACGAUCCUCCGCUGAGUGGUGACGACCCCCUGGCCGGGGGCUUCGGCUUCAGCUUCCGUUCCAAGUCCGCCUGGCAGGAGCGCGGCGGCGACGACUGCGGUCGCGGCAGCCGGCGGCAGCGGCGGGGCGCGGCCGGCGGGGGCAGCACCCGGGCGCCCCCUGCGGGCGGCGGCGGCGGUUCGGCGGCAGCGGCAGCUGCGGCGGGCGGGACGGAGGUGCGCCCCCGUUCGGUGGAGCUGGGCCUGGAGGAGCGACGGGGCAAGGGUCGCGCGGCCGACGAAGUAGAGGCUGGCGCCGUCGAGGGCGGCGAAGGGUCUGGGGAUGGCUGCAGCUCAGAGGACUCAGGAGGCUCAGGGCCCGGCGCGGUGCUGUCGCUGGGCGCCUGCUGCCUGGCAUUGCUGCAGAUAUUCCGCUCUAAGAAGUUCCCGUCGGACAAGCUGGAGCGGCUGUACCAGCGCUACUUCUUCCGCCUGAACCAGAGCAGUCUCACCAUGCUCAUGGCCGUGCUGGUGCUCGUGUGUCUUGUCAUGCUGGCCUUCCACGCGGCGCGGCCCCCGCUCCAGCUGCCCUACCUGGCCGUGCUGGCGGCCGCUGUGGGAGUGAUCCUCAUUAUGGCUGUGCUCUGCAACCGUGCAGCCUUCCACCAGGACCACAUGGGCCUGGCCUGCUACGCGCUCAUCGCGGUGGUGCUGGCCGUCCAAGUGGUGGGCCUUCUGCUGCCGCAGCCGCGCAGCGCCUCCGAGGGCAUCUGGUGGACGGUGUUCUUCAUCUACACCAUCUACACCCUGCUGCCCGUGCGCAUGCGGGCUGCAGUGCUCAGCGGGGUGCUCCUGUCUGCUCUCCACCUGGCCAUCGCCCUGCGAACCAACGCCCAGGACCAGUUCCUGCUCAAACAGCUCGUCUCCAAUGUCCUCAUUUUCUCCUGCACCAACAUCGUGGGCGUCUGCACUCACUACCCGGCUGAGGUCUCCCAGAGACAGGCCUUCCAGGAGACCCGGGAGUGCAUCCAGGCACGACUCCACUCGCAGCGGGAGAACCAGCAGCAGGAACGGCUCCUGCUAUCUGUCCUUCCCCGUCACGUUGCCAUGGAGAUGAAAGCAGACAUCAACGCCAAGCAGGAGGACAUGAUGUUCCACAAGAUUUACAUUCAAAAACAUGACAACGUGAGCAUCCUGUUUGCUGACAUCGAGGGCUUCACCAGCCUGGCCUCCCAGUGCACUGCCCAGGAACUGGUCAUGACCCUCAAUGAGCUCUUCGCCCGCUUUGACAAGCUGGCUGCGGAGAAUCACUGUUUACGUAUUAAGAUCCUGGGGGAUUGUUACUACUGUGUCUCGGGGCUGCCUGAAGCCAGGGCUGACCAUGCCCACUGCUGCGUGGAGAUGGGCAUGGACAUGAUCGAGGCCAUUUCGUUGGUCCGGGAGGUGACUGGGGUGAACGUGAACAUGCGCGUGGGAAUUCACAGCGGGCGAGUACACUGCGGUGUCCUUGGUCUCAGGAAGUGGCAGUUCGACGUCUGGUCUAACGACGUCACGCUGGCCAACCACAUGGAGGCUGGUGGCAAGGCAGGACGAAUCCACAUCACCAAGGCCACACUCAACUACCUGAACGGGGACUACGAAGUGGAGCCCGGCUGUGGGGGCGAGCGCAACGCCUACCUCAAGGAGCACAGCAUAGAGACUUUCCUCAUCCUGCGCUGCACCCAGAAGCGGAAAGAAGAGAAGGCCAUGAUCGCCAAGAUGAACCGCCAGAGAACCAAUUCCAUCGGGCACAACCCACCACACUGGGGGGCUGAACGCCCGUUCUACAACCACCUGGGCGGCAACCAGGUGUCCAAGGAGAUGAAGCGGAUGGGCUUUGAAGACCCAAAGGACAAGAAUGCCCAGGAAAGUGCAAACCCUGAGGAUGAAGUGGAUGAGUUUCUGGGUCGGGCCAUUGACGCCAGGAGCAUCGACAGGCUGCGAUCUGAGCACGUCCGGAAGUUCCUCUUGACCUUCAGGGAGCCUGAUUUAGAGAAGAAGUACUCCAAGCAGGUAGAUGAUCGAUUUGGUGCCUAUGUUGCCUGUGCCUCGCUCGUCUUCCUCUUCAUCUGCUUCGUCCAGAUCGCCAUUGUGCCCCACUCCGUGUUCAUGCUGAGUUUCUACCUGACCUGUUUCCUGCUGCUGACCUUGGUGGUAUUUGUGUCUGUGAUCUACUCCUGCGUGAAGCUCUUCCCCGCCCCGCUGCAGAUCCUCUCCAGGAAGAUCGUGCGGUCCAAGAUGAACAGCACCCUGGUUGGGGUGUUCACCAUCACCCUGGUGUUCCUCUCGGCUUUUGUCAACCUGUUCAUGUGUAACUCCAAGGACCUGGUGGGCUGCCUGGCGGAGGAGCACAACAUCAGUGUGAGCCAGGUCAACGCGUGCCAUGUGCUGGAGUCAGCCUUCAACUACAGCCUGGGCGAUGAGCACGGCUUCUGCGGCAGCCACUGGCCCAACUGCAACUUUCCCGAGUACUUCACCUACAGCGUGCUGCUCAGCCUGCUGGCCUGCUCCGUGUUCCUGCAGAUCAGCUGCAUCGGCAAGCUGGCGCUCAUGCUGUCCAUCGAGCUCAUCUAUGUGCUCAUCGUCGAGGUGCCCGGUGUCACACUCUUUGACAAUGCCGACCUGCUGGUCACCGCCAACGCCAUAGACUUGAGCAACAACGGGACCUCCCAGUGCCCUGAGCAUGCGACCAAGGUGGCCCUGAAGGUGGUGACGCCCAUCAUUAUUUCAGUCUUCGUGCUGGCCCUGUACCUGCACGCCCAGCAGGUGGAGUCCACUGCCCGCCUUGACUUCCUCUGGAAACUGCAGGCCACAGAGGAGAAGGAGGAGAUGGAGGAGCUGCAGGCCUACAACCGGCGGCUGCUGCACAACAUCCUGCCCAAGGAUGUGGCCGCCCACUUCCUGGCCCGGGAGCGCCGCAAUGACGAGCUCUACUACCAGUCCUGCGAGUGCGUGGCCGUCAUGUUCGCCUCCAUCGCCAACUUCUCGGAGUUCUACGUGGAGCUGGAGGCCAACAACGAGGGCGUCGAGUGCCUGCGGCUGCUCAACGAGAUCAUCGCCGACUUUGACGAGAUUAUCAGCGAGGACCGUUUCAGGCAGCUAGAAAAGAUCAAGACCAUCGGCAGCACCUACAUGGCCGCCUCCGGCCUCAACGACUCCACCUACGACAAGGUGGGCAAGACGCACAUCAAAGCCCUGGCCGACUUCGCCAUGAAGCUGAUGGACCAAAUGAAGUACAUCAAUGAGCACUCCUUCAACAACUUCCAGAUGAAGAUUGGGCUCAACAUCGGCCCUGUGGUGGCUGGGGUGAUUGGAGCUCGCAAGCCUCAGUAUGACAUCUGGGGAAAUACAGUGAACGUGGCCAGCCGCAUGGACAGCACUGGCGUGCCUGACCGCAUCCAGGUCACUACGGACAUGUACCAGGUGCUGGCUGCCAACACAUACCAGCUGGAGUGCCGCGGUGUGGUCAAGGUCAAGGGGAAAGGCGAGAUGAUGACCUACUUCCUCAAUGGAGGGCCCCCGCCGAGUUAGCAGCUGCCAGCAGUGGUGCCAGCAGCCUGGCCUCCAGAGGAACGGAAGCGGCUUCUCUGUGUGCCGCGUGGGCAGGUGGGGAGCCUGCGCUCCAGCCACGUGGUCACGCUGGUGAGAUUUCCCACUUUGACUUGGAAGCAGCCUCUGCCCUGGCUGGUGGGCGUGGCCUCCGGCCCAGGCCCUGGGUGCCAGCGUCCUGUUAGCACCAAGCUGACCAAAGAUGUUUCCCUCUGCAGAAGACUCCGCCGGACUUGAGCUCAGCCUCGAGUUCUCUGACAGGUGCUGCCGCUGAAGGGUGGAGGGCGCUGCUGGAGCUUUCGCAGCCCAGUGCACAGCGGCAGGCCCGCGGAGGGCCUCAGCCUAGGUGGGUGGGUAGGCGGGCUGGACGCUGCCCUGGGGGUACUCGGGGUCCCCCGGGGGUCUGUUUUCCACAUGAGCCUUUAAACUUCAGACAGAGGCUGCAGCCCCUGCUUCCUGGCGGUGCUCUGAGGCAGGAGAGCUGGGUUUGUAGGAGCCGUGGCCUUCGCCGCCAUCCUCUGCCCAUGCGUCCACGCACACAGACUGUGCCCAGUGAGGGAAACAGGACUCAUUAUGAGGGGGAGGCGAGAGGACGCCAAGCAAGCAGUGGUGGCUCUGAGAAAAAGAAAAUAUUUAUUAAAUAAAACAAAACAAGUUUUCUGUGCCCUUCUUUAGACUAUGCUAGUUGUAUGCGUGUAGGAGACACAAGCAGACGAGGAUGCCACUGGGGGGGAGGGGGGACCCCAAGUUGUCUUUUUUGUAUUUUUUAUUUUGUAUUAUUGAAAGCCUUGGAGAUCUAACAGAUAUACCAAAUUCUAUAUUUUGUAAAUUCUCUAUAUUAGAAAACAGCUGUGCACAGGGGGCGUUUGUGCUCACUUGUACUGUACCUAUGUCGGCGUGUGUCCUGGUGCACAUGUGCGUGUGUUCAUGCCAUGCAGCUGCCCUGCAGGGACCUUCCUCACCUCAGACUCGGCAGUUUUGGUUUUCCCAGGGGCAGUGUGUGUUCUUUUGGGGUACCCUACAUUCAGAUCAAGGAGGAAGAAGCAGACACACUUGACCCUCUCUCUUUUCUAACACAAAGGCAAAGACACAACCCACUUCCACUGAGUAAAAGCAGAUGGAAAUGAUAAGAAGAAAACAGCCACUUCUUUCCCAUCCCAGGCGGUUGGAAGCAAGGGGAACAGCUUCAGUCUGUGUGGGCAGCGUGGCCCCCACCUGUUCUUCUGCUUCUGGGGAUGUCAGAUGUUCGCGCCUGCAGAGGCAGCACCUAGGGACUCCUGGGAGCUUAGGGAUGGGCCAGGGCUGGGAGGAAGUCUAGCCUGCCAGUCUGCUUAGCUGGCCAAGGGGCAGGUGGCUCUCCCUGGACACCAUCCCUGUGACCUGGGAAUGCAAUGUGUAGGUUUCAGGUUUGGGGAAAGGGUGUGACCUUGCCCUCUACCUGUAAACCAGACAGAGGAAUGGGUAGAGCCCAGUCUUGGAGUCUGAGGGAAAAGCAGCAGAAGUGUCAUUUUGUCUAGUUUUUAUUUGAGGGGUGGGAAGGGAGCAGUUCAAUACAUGAAGGGGACAAAACUAUUUUUUAUAACUUUUGAGGGAGGCAUUUGAAAAAUGAUGUACUAGCACAGAGUUGUAUUUAAGCAGCAUCCUUAGGACCUGUUCCCAGAUCUUUUCAUUGCUUCUCAGGGCAGAAUUAUUCUUCCUGGACACUUGGAAGGAGACUGGACGGCAGCUAUUUGCUGGCUAUUGAGACCGUCCUUUAUGUCCACCGCAGCACCUUCCCCUCCUACGCCCCCCCACCCCAAUUUGAGCGCAGCUCUGAGAAGCAAAGCAUAUGGACCCCAAACUGCCAAGUCUGAGUGUGUCCCAAGCCCCUGCCACUCCACCUUUGAGUUCUGCAUCACUCCUCCAGCCCCUGGCACGGGGCUGCUCUCUCCCGCAGCGUCAUUCUCAAGUCCCCUGUCCUCCAUAUGGCCUGCCAGUGGUGCUUCCGGCCUGAGUAAAGUGUGCGUGCUGAGUUCAUCCCGUGUUCCCGCUGUUGGUCUCGGCCUUGUGGGGCCCUCCCCAUCCCAGCAGUGACUGGUGACAGCGUGCAGUGCUAGCUCUUUGUUCCCUCUAAGGGGUGUGCACUCUUUUUAUUCCUGCUCUUGCAAAAACGGAUACGAUUAUGAUUUCCCAUGGAAAUUGAAAAGUCUAUUUAAAUAAUUUAACUAUUAAACACUUUCACUGGUAA